CCGAGGACCUGACUCUCUCCAAACAUGUGGCUCUGGAUUUUCCUGGUGGGGUUGGCGAUCUGGGCUGGAGGCACGUACUGGUACCUGUUUGGGAAACGGAGCCCGUUCUCCCUGGAGUCGGUGAGACCCCCUGGCCCUCGCCAGUUUGAUCAGAGGAAGCGGGACAGAGUCAUCAAGCAAGGUUUCAGUGUUGACAAAGUGCCCAGGAGCCUGGAUGUGAUCGUGAUCGGGAGCGGUAUCGGGGGGCUGACAGCCGGGGCCACCCUGGCCAAAGCAGGGAGGAGGGUUCUGGUGCUGGAGCAGCAUGACCAGGCGGGAGGCUGCUGCCACACGUACAUCGAGAAAGGCUUUGAGUUUGAUGUUGGCCUCCACUACAUCGGUCAGCUCCACGAGAACAGCCUGCUACGCAUCGCCUUUGACCAGAUCUCCGAAGGCCAAUUGGAGUUUCAGGAACUAGCCCAGCACUUCGACACCAUCCAGAUCGGCCUGGGCGAUGACAAACGAGAGUACACCGUGUUCUCUGGUAAAACCGAGAUGAAAAGCCACCUCAUGAAGCAGUUCCCCCAUGACACGGAAGCCAUUGAGAAGUUCUUCAAAAUCAUGAAGGUCUCAGCUAAAAAGACUCACUAUCUGGCGACGCUGAAGCUCAUCCCUCAGUGGUUGUCUCUCUUCCUGCUGAAGUCAGGCAUCGCAGACCUUGUCUCUUCGGUCUUCCGCCUCUCUGGGACGGCUGCAACUGAAUACUUUAACACACUGACCAGAAACAAGGAUCUGCAGGUCAUCUUUUCUUACCUUUUCUACGGUGUGCCUCCGAAGGACUCCAGUGUCCUGAUCAAUGCCCUGCUGGUUCACCACUACAAACGGGGUGCCUACUACCCUAAAGGGGGUGCCAGCGAGAUCGCUUUCCACAUCAUCCGCACCAUCCAGAAGCACGGAGGGAACUGCCUUGUUAGAGCUCCAGUCUCCCGGGUCCUGGUGGACCAGAGCGGAGCAGCCUACGGUGUGACGGUAAGGAAGGGCCAGGAAGAAGUGGAGGUCCGUGCACCUGUGGUCGUUUCAGACUGUGGCAUCUUCACCACCUUCCAGAAACUUCUCCCACCUGAGAUCCAAGUCAAACAGAGCAUUCAGGAGAGACUGAACAUGAUGAGGCACGGGAGAGGAUCAUUCUUGGUCUUCUCCGGCUUUGAUGGAACUCAGGAGGAACUGGGACUCGUGUCCACUAACUUCUGGCUGUUCAAGAACAACGACAUGGACCAGUCGAUGGAGGAUUUUUUUGCUCUGAGCAAAGAUGAGGCGCCUGACAACAUCCCCAUGAUGUUCAUCACAAUGCCAUCUGCAAAAGACCCAGAGGCCAAAAUACGACAUCCAGGGAAAUCCUGCAUGACAAUACUGACCAUGGUGAAAUAUGAAUGGUUUGAAGAGUGGAAGGACACCACUGUGCGCAAAAGAGGUGAUGAAUACCACAAAUACAAAAUGAGGUUUGCUAAGAACCUCUUCGACUGGGCCUGCAGCAUAUUCCCUAAAAUCAGAGACAAGCUGGUCUUCCAGGAUGUGGCAACCCCUCUGACCAACAUGCACUACCUGGGUGCUCAGAAAGGAGCCAUGUACUCUGCUGAGCACAACGUGGAGCGCUUCUAUGCUGAAGCUGUUGCCAGGAACAGGUGCAACACCCCCGUUAAAAACCUCUACCUCGCAGGUCAGGAUGUGUUCAGCUGCGGAAUCGCAGGUGCUCUACAUGGGGGACUUCUCUGCGCCUCAACGGUGCUGGAUCACAUCGUCUACAUCGAUCUGCUCUUCCUGAAAAAGAAGCUGAAGAGGAGGAAGGCCAGAGAGCUGGCCCUGCUGAAGGAGAAGAAGCUGCAGUGAGGUGCUCUCGACUCCCCCUGCAGGACACUGACAGAACCACACUAAGGUGAUGCAGCAGGCCCCUCGGCUCGGCCCAGCAGGCAGAAAGCACAUUCUGUCUUCUGUGAAGCUGCUGCACCUUCAGAACGACGACUCGUCUGGACCAAUUAAAACACAACAGCAUCUUUGUGUCACAUAUGUGCAUUUACCUUAAGAUCUUUGCAACAACUACUGAUCUUUUGCUAUUCCUUGCUGGUGUUGGCGCGGCUCUAGUGGGGAUGCUGGUAUUGGUUUAUUUUUGUAUUCUGAGUUUUAUAGAUGACCACGAAGUGGCUUGCUGCGUUCCCAUUUUACAGAUCUUGAAAAGGCAAAGGAAGUAUAUAUAUAUAUCUAUAUAUAUAUCUAUAUCUAUAUAUAUAUAUAUAACAAUAAAACAAUAACAUUGAUUUAUAAAUAUAUAUCUAAAAUAUGCAAAAUGAAGACAUUGGUAUAGUGAGCUGUUCUCUUGAUGUAAAUAGUGUUUUUCUCAUUGUAUUGGGAAACAUGUUCAAUAAACCUGAUCAGACACAGAAAGACUGCAUGAUCAUAUUUGGAGACUAGUCUGAUGAAAAGCACAACAACAAAAUUGUGAUCUGUAUGUAAAGUAACCUGGAAAAAAAGAUCUGAAUUCAUUUUCUAAAGUUACUUAAACAAAUAAAACAUAAACUGUUUAUAGGACAGAAACAAACCUGGCUUCAUGGUGGCUAUGCUAUG